AUGGCGGUCCUGUCACAAAUGCUCUCAAUCUAUUCUUCAGCCUUGACCUCCACAAAUUAUAUUGAUGCGAUAUGCAAACAUGUGGAAAACAGUACCUCCUUUAUGCAAAUGUUGAACGCCUAUCCUCCUGCCGUCUCUGCAAAUGACUUGUUUUCACUGGCUAACGUCGUGAUCAACCUCGGCAUAUCCUACGCCAACAACACGGGAGGUUUUGCCGCAGAGACGGCAAAGAAAGAGCCAGUGAAAUUGUAUUUAAAGGAGCAGUUCUGCAGGUCAUGCCGGCAAGAAUAUGACGGUAUUCAGUUGUAUUUAAUAAUGGCAAGGGGGGAGCUUAAGGAAUCUCCGAUGGGUGCAAAUUAUGAUAUCUUUCGUUGUACGGACCUCACAUUGAGCGUGAAGGAUUUGGUCGGGGGAAACAGAGACAACGCUUCGAAGACGCUCAUGGAGGUGACAUCGCAGAUGGAGAGGCUUAUAUACUUCGCUAGUGGAGCCACCAUAGCUCUUGGCGGUUGA